AUGUCCUUACUUUUGACUGCUGCUUAGAAUGAAAAGUUCAAUGUUUAUGAUGUUAAUUUACUUAUAGGCUAAGUUAAAUUAAAGGAAUUGCAUUCUCUACAAUAUUUUGAAUAAUUUUAAAUAUUUCCAUUAAAUAAACUGGAUGGGUUUAUUAUUAAUUUCGUUGUAUUUUGA